GCGUCCAGUGACCAGUCGGCCUUAUUAUUAACGCGUGUCUCGCUGUUGCGGUUAGACUGUCCGUUAUUACAUCUAAUUUGACUUUUAAGUGUGAAUAAACAAUCAUGAAUGACUUUGAUCAGCCCCAGAUUUUUUUCUCGGAUAAUUUCUCGACAGAUGAAACCCGAGAGGAUCAAUUGAAACUCCAAUCAUUCAAGAAAAAGUAUAAAGAAUUUAUUAGGCAGUUUCACGAGGGUAAUUUCAACUACAAGUAUCGAGAUACCCUCAAACGUAAUUACAAUCUCGGUCAGUAUUGGUUGGCGAUAAAUCUUGAGGAUUUAGCCGCUUUUGAUGAGAGUUUGGCGGAGAAAAUUCAUAAACAACCGACCGAGUAUUUGCCAGUAUUUGAAGAUGCUGCUAAAGAUGUUGCUGAUGAAUUGACCGCCCCAAGACCUAGUGGUGAGGAAAAAAUAGAGGACAUUCAAAUUCUUGUGUCAUCAGAUGGACAUGCAUCAGCGCUCCGCUGUCUCAAGCCCGAUAUUGUCUCGAAGCUUGUCAAGAUUCCAGGAAUAAUAGUUGCUGCUUCAGGAAUCAGAUCAAAGGCAACAAAAAUCGCCAUUCAAUGCAGGUCAUGUCGAACUAUUCAAAACAACAUUCCAAUUAAGCCAGGAUUAGAGGGGUACGCUUUACCUCGACAAUGCUCAACGGAGCAAGCUGGACGACCCAAAUGUCCUCUAGAUCCUUUCUUUGUGAUGCCAGAUCAGUGUGAGUGUGUAGACUUUCAAGUUCUCAAACUUCAGGAACUCCCAGAUGAAAUUCCUCAGGGUGAAAUGCCAAGACACUUGCAAUUGUACUGUGAUCGUUAUUUGUGCGAUCGUGUUGUACCAGGAAAUCGAGUGCUCAUUCUCGGUAUUUAUUCGAUAAAAAAAGUAUCUGGCUCAGCAAGACGGGGGGGCAAAGAUAAGGCAUUAGUUGGAGUACGGGCCCCCUACAUCAGGGUAAUUGGUAUUUCUGUCGAUGGAGAUGAUGGUAGUGAUAGUGGCAGUGGCAGUGGCAGUGGCAGUACACAUCCACCAUUGACUAAAGAGGAUGAGGAUGCCUUGAGGCGUUUAGCUGCACAACCAGAUGUUUAUGAUAAAAUAGCGAGAAGCAUUGCUCCAAGUAUUUUUGGUGCUCUAGAUAUAAAGAAAGCCAUUGCUUGUUUAUUAUUUGGAGGCUCGCGUAAAAGAAUGCCCGAUGGUUUAUGUAGAAGAGGUGAUAUUAAUGUUCUCCUUCUUGGUGAUCCAGGAACGGCAAAGUCUCAACUUCUUAAAUUUGUUGAGCGAGUAGCACCCAUUGGAAUUUAUACAUCUGGAAAAGGAAGUUCAGCUGCUGGUUUAACAGCUUCUGUAAUGCGUGAUCCAAUCAGUCGUAAUUUCGUAAUGGAGGGUGGAGCAAUGGUGCUAGCUGAUGGUGGAAUUGUUUGCAUCGAUGAAUUUGAUAAAAUGAAAGAAGAUGACAGAGUGGCAAUUCACGAAGCCAUGGAGCAACAGACAAUAUCCAUUGCUAAAGCUGGUAUUACCACAACAUUGAAUACCAGAUGUUCAGUAUUGGCCGCUGCCAAUUCCAUAUUUGGACGAUGGGAUGACAUUAAGGGAGAUGAAAAUAUCGAUUUUAUGCCAACUAUUCUUUCUCGUUUUGACAUGAUUUUUAUCGUUAAAGAUGAACACGAGCAAAAUCGAGAUGUUACGUUGGCUAAGCAUGUUAUGGGAUUACACGCUAAUGCUGGACAACUCACUGAACAAUUAUCCGAGGGGGAAUUAUCAUUGAAUCUUCUGAAAAAAUAUAUUCACUACUGUAGAACUCGAUGUGGUCCAAGAUUGGAUAAAGAAGCCGGAGAAAAAUUGAAAAAUCGUUAUGUUAUAAUGCGUGCUGGUACUCAAGUACAUGAAAAGGAUUCGGAGAAGAGAAUGUCUAUUCCUAUAACCGUAAGACAAUUAGAGGCCGUUAUUAGGAUAUCUGAAGCACUAGCUAAAAUGCAUUUGGAGCCUUUCGCCACUCAAGUACAUGUUGAUGAAGCCCUCAGGCUCUUUCAAGUAUCUACACUUGAUGCUGCCAUGACUGGAUCUCUUGCAGGAGCGGAGGGAUUCACCUCUGAAGAGGAUCACGAGAUUCUUGCACAAAUUGAAAGACAAUUGAAACGUAGAUUUGCUGUAGGUACUCAAGUUGCAGAACAAAACAUUGUCAAUGAUUUUAUCAAACAAAAAUAUCCAGAGAGAUCAAUCUGCAAAGUUAUUUAUACUAUGAUUCGUCGAGGUGAGCUGCAACACCGGAUGCAAAGAAAAAUGCUCUACAGGCUUACUUGAAAGAUGAGUGUUCCUU